AGAGAAAGAGAGAGGGAGAGAGAGAAAGAGGGAGAGAGAGAGGGAAGGGCGAGAGACUUCGACUGUUACCUGUGACAGCUCCAGCAACCUUUCCCAGCACAUGCCGCUCAGGGAAAGCAUACAAUCUUCAAUCUCUCUCUCUCUCUGAGGAAAACAGCAAGACCUUGGAGACUUUAUCUCCUACCCACUCCUCCGCCUUCUUUCUCCCACAAGAACUUUCUAGAACUCACAUAGCGCACGAUCAACAGAGUCACGGCUGAAGCUCCAUGGACGGAGGUCUGCGCCUUCUUCCACAGCUCUUUCUUUGUCAAACAUUUUAGAAGCCUCUGCAAGUAUAAUGGAUAUCUGAAUUGGAUCCCACAGUGCAGCCCUUCAUUCACCUCAGGGGCUCAGGCUCACUUUGCUGGUGAGGCUGCUGGAUGAAGCCAGGAUUCAGGAGGAACUUUGGAACAUUCUGAGGGACAUGUCCAACUGGCUGGAGAAUGGAUCUAAGCAGUGGUAACUGCACCGAGAGGAUGCUUCUGCUCGGGGUGGCCUCUAACCCCCACCAUGAUCUCCAAGAUCUCCGCCACAAGGGUAAAAUUGUCUUUCAGAAGACGCUUGGACGAUGUUUCAACGGUCCCAACAGAGGGGCAAACUAUGCCAGCGGCACCAGAGCCCCUCCCUCUAGUGAGGCUCCUCCCUCUUGGUCCGAAAGCCCCUCCCGUUCCAGGCAGGCACACCCCCAGACUGCUAGUCUGUCCUGGCAGGCUGCGAUCAAUGCUGCGAGAAGCGCCAAGGGUGACAACCCCCAGACGAUGAGCGGGCAGUCGGUGGCAGGUUCCACACCUGUGGGCUCCCUGUCCCAGAGGAAGAGGCAGCAGUACGCCAAAAGCAAGAAGCAGGGCAGCUCCACCAACAGCAGGCCUCCACGGGCACUCUUCUGCCUCACCCUCAACAACCCUAUACGCAGGGCCUGCAUCAGUCUGGUGGAGUGGAAACCUUUUGAUAUCUUUAUAUUACUCUCUAUUUUUGCCAACUGUGUGGCCUUAGCUGUUUAUGUCCCUUUCCCAGAAGAUGAUUCCAAUUCAACCAAUCAUGACCUGGAAACAGUAGAAUAUGCCUUCCUGAUCAUUUUCACUAUUGAGACCUUUCUGAAGAUCAUAGCCUAUGGAUUGGUGAUGCACCAGAACUCCUACGUUAGAAACGGCUGGAACAUGCUGGAUUUUGUAAUUGUUAUAGUGGGCCUGUUCAGCGUGGUCCUGGAAUUGAUGACCAAAGAAGGCGAUUCAAGCCAGUCUGGAGGGAAACCUGGUGGGUUUGAUGUUAAAGCCCUGCGAGCAUUCCGAGUGCUCCGCCCCCUCCGCCUCGUCUCAGGAGUGCCCAGUUUACAGGUAGUGCUGAACUCCAUCAUCAAAGCUAUGGUUCCUCUGCUGCACAUCGCUCUGCUUGUACUCUUCGUCAUCAUCAUCUAUGCCAUCAUAGGCUUGGAACUUUUCAUUGGAAAGAUGCAUUCCUCCUGUUACGUUAACGGCACACGCACGUUAGCAGAAGAAGAACCUGCUCCAUGUUCAUUGUCAGGCCAUGGGCGCCACUGCACUGUUAAUGGCACCGUGUGUAAAGACGGCUGGCAGGGGCCCAACAAUGGCAUCACCAACUUUGACAACUUUCUGUUCGCUAUGCUCACGGUGUUCCAGUGUAUAACCAUGGAGGGCUGGACGGAAGUACUGUAUUGGAUGAAUGAUGCCAUGGGUUUUGAGCUGCCGUGGGUCUACUUCGUGAGUUUGGUCAUUUUUGGUUCCUUCUUCGUCCUCAAUCUCGUUUUGGGUGUUCUUAGUGGAGAGUUCUCUAAAGAGCGAGAGAAGGCAAAGGCUCGUGGAGAUUUCCAGAAGCUCAGGGAAAAGCAGCAGCUAGAGGAAGACCUGAAAGGCUACCUGGACUGGAUCACUCAGGCCGAGGACAUCGACCCUGAGAAUGAUGAGGAAGGAGACCAGGAGGGUAAACGCAACCGGGUGACGAUGGCCGAUCUCACCCAGAAGAAGAAGGCAGGGAAGUCUGGCUGGUUCAGUCAGUCCACAGAGACUCAGGCGAGCAUGCCUACCAGUGAGACGGAAUCUGUUAACACGGACAACCCAAACGGAGAGGACGACAAGGCCCGCUGCUGUGGACCCAUCUGUCAAAAAAUUACAAAGUCAAAGUUCAGUCGUAGCUGGCGACGGUGGAACAGGUUCUGCCGUCGGAAAUGCAGAGCAGCAGUUAAAUCCACCACCUUCUACUGGCUGGUUAUUCUCCUGGUGUUCCUUAAUACUCUCACCAUAUCCUCAGAACACUACAACCAACCUGAGUGGCUCACCGAAGUACAAGAAGUGGCCAAUAAGGUGCUGUUGGCCAUGUUCACGUGCGAGAUGCUGAUUAAAAUGUACAGUCUGGGGCUGCAGGCAUAUUUUGUGUCUCUGUUUAACCGCUUCGACUGUUUCGUGGUGUGUGGUGGCAUCGUGGAGACCAUCCUGGUGGAGUUGGAGAUCAUGUCACCUCUUGGCAUCUCUGUCUUCCGCUGUGUCCGUCUGCUUCGGAUCUUUAAGGUCACACGUCACUGGGCAUCUCUGAGUAACUUAGUUGCAUCUCUGUUGAACUCCAUGAAGUCCAUUGCAUCCUUGUUGCUGCUGCUCUUCCUCUUCAUCAUCAUCUUCAGUCUGCUUGGCAUGCAGCUCUUCGGUGGCAAAUUUAACUUUGACGAGACCGUGACCAAGAGGAGCACCUUUGACAACUUCCCUCAAGCCUUGCUCACUGUCUUUCAGAUUCUGACAGGUGAAGAUUGGAACACAGUAAUGUAUGAUGGGAUCAUGGCAUAUGGAGGCCCCUCUUCCUCUGGCAUGGUGGUGUGCAUUUACUUCAUCAUCCUCUUCAUCUGUGGAAACUACAUCCUGCUGAAUGUCUUCUUGGCCAUCGCUGUGGACAACCUGGCAGAUGCUGAAAGUCUGAACUCAGCGCAGAAAGAGGAAGAGGAGAAGAACAAGAGAAGGAAGAGAGCCAGGAGUGGUAGCACAGACAAGAAAGAGGAGAAGAAGCCUGAAGGCCAAGAUGAAGAAACUAAGAUUCCAUUAGAGGAGCAGCCUAUGGAUGAGGAGAGAGAGGCAGCAGUUCAAUCUACAGGUGCACUGCGUGAGGAUGAUGAGGAUGAGCCUGAGGUUCCAUCAGGACCCCGUCCUCAGAGGCUGUCAGAGCUUAGCCUCAAAGAGAAGACUCCACCCAUUCCAGAGGGCAGCGCUUUCUUUAUCUUCAGCAGUACAAAUCCGAUCCGUGUGAGCUGCCAUCGUCUGAUCAACCACCAGAUUUUUACCAACCUCAUCCUCGUCUUCAUCAUGCUCAGCUCAGUGUCCCUGGCCGCCGAGGACCCCAUCAGGAGCUUCUCCACACGGAACAUCAUUCUUGGUUAUUUUGACUAUGCCUUCACAGCUAUCUUUACAGUAGAGAUCCUACUGAAGGUCCUAGGCUAUGCUGAUUAUGUCUUCACUAGUAUAUUUACCUUUGAGAUCCUGUUGAAGAUGACCGCUUUUGGAGCAUUCCUACACAAAGGAGCAUUCUGCAGAAACUACUUUAACCUGUUGGAUCUGCUGGUUGUUGGUGUCUCUUUGGUGUCCUUUGGAAUUCAGUCCUCAGCCAUCUCUGUGGUGAAGAUUCUCAGAGUGUUGCGUGUGCUGAGGCCGCUAAGAGCCAUCAACAGAGCCAAAGGACUGAAACACGUUGUACAGUGUGUGUUUGUGGCCAUCAGAACCAUUGGCAACAUCAUGAUCGUCACCACUCUCUUACAAUUCAUGUUCGCCUGUAUCGGGGUGCAGCUUUUCAAGGGGAAGUUCUACCGUUGCACAGAUGAAGCAAAGUCAAGUCCAGAAGAAUGCAAGGGGACAUACAUUUUGUAUAAUAUUGGCGAUAAUGCAUUGCCGCAAGUGCGGGAGAGGAUCUGGUACAACAGUGAAUUUAACUUUGACGAUGUCCUAAUGGCUAUGAUGGCCCUCUUCACUGUGUCUACCUUUGAGGGCUGGCCAGCACUCUUAUACAAGGCCAUAGACUCAAACCGAGAGAACAUGGGGCCCAUCUACAACUACCGUGUAGAGAUUUCCAUCUUCUUCAUCAUUUACAUCAUCAUUAUUGCCUUUUUCAUGAUGAACAUCUUUGUGGGUUUCGUCAUUGUCACCUUCCAGGAACAGGGAGAGAAAGAGUAUAAGAACUGUGAGCUGGACAAAAACCAGCGUCAGUGUGUGGAGUAUGCUUUGAAAGCACGUCCGUUGCGGAGAUACAUUCCUAAGAACCGCUACCAGUACAAGUUCUGGUACGUGGUAAACUCCACCGGCUUUGAAUACGUCAUGUUCGUCCUCAUCAUCCUCAACACACUCUGCCUGGCCAUACAGCAUCAUGGCCAGUCUCAUCUCUUUAACUAUGCCAUGGACAUUCUCAACAUGGUGUUCACAGGAGUCUUCACAGUAGAAAUGAUCCUCAAACUCGUCGCCUUCAAACCCAGGGGUUAUUUUGGCGAUGCCUGGAAUGUGUUUGAUGCCCUGGUCGUGAUUGGCAGCGUAGUAGACAUCAUUCUGAGUCAGGUAGAUCAUUAUUUUGCCGAUGCAUGGAACACGUUUGAUGCCCUAAUUGUUGUUGGUAGCGUCGUUGACAUUGCAAUCACAGAGAUCAAUGCUGAGGGCAGAACGUGGCAGACCGAAGCUCCCAUAGUUGUGGCAGUGGAGCAAGGGAAUACAGAGGACAGCGCUCGCAUUUCCAUCACAUUCUUUCGCUUAUUCCGAGUCAUGCGUUUGGUCAAAUUGCUGAGUAGAGGCGAGGGCAUUCGGACGCUUCUCUGGACUUUCAUCAAGUCGUUUCAGGCUCUGCCCUAUGUUGCUUUGCUGAUAGCCAUGCUCUUCUUCAUCUAUGCUGUCAUUGGGAUGCAGGUCUUUGGGAAGAUUGCAAUGGUGGACGGCACCAGCAUCAACCGCAACAACAACUUCCAGACUUUUCCACAAGCUGUACUCCUGCUAUUUAGGUGUGCUACAGGGGAAGCUUGGCAGGAGAUCAUGCUAGCGUGUUUGCCUGGUAAACUGUGUGACUCAGAGUCUGACUACAACCCUGGUGAAGAGAGAACCUGUGGCAGUGGUUUUGCAAUUAUUUAUUUCAUCAGCUUCUACAUGCUCUGUGCUUUCCUGAUUAUCAAUCUGUUUGUGGCUGUCAUCAUGGACAAUUUUGACUAUCUGACACGUGACUGGUCAAUCCUGGGACCCCAUCAUUUGGAUGAAUUCAAAAGGAUUUGGUCAGAAUAUGACCCAGAGGCGAAAGGCAGGAUUAAACACCUGGAUGUGGUGACAUUACUGCGUAGGAUUCAGCCACCACUGGGCUUUGGCAAACUGUGUCCCCACCGGGUGGCGUGCAAGAGGCUGGUGGCCAUGAAUAUGCCUCUAAACAGUGAUGGCACAGUCAUGUUCAACGCCACUCUCUUUGCUCUGGUCAGAACUGCACUGAAGAUCAAGACUGAAGGAAAUUUGGAACAGGCCAAUGAGGAAUUAAGGGCUGUAAUCAAGAAAAUCUGGAAGAGAACUAGUACAAAACUCCUGGAUCAAGUGGUCCCCCCUGCAGGAGAUGACGAGGUAACGGUGGGGAAGUUCUAUGCCACUUUCCUGAUACAGGACUACUUUAGGAAAUUCAAGAAACGCAAAGAGCUAGGUCUUGUGGGACGGCACAACACCAACUUGAACACUACCAUCGCGCUACAGGCUGGUCUUCGGACACUACAUGAUAUUGGCCCUGAGAUUCGCCGAGCCAUAUCGUGUGACUUACAAGAUGAAGGCCUGGUGGACUUCAACCCUGAUGAGGAAGAAGAGAUAUACAGGAGAAAUGGUGGGCUCUUUGGAAACCACUUGAAUCAUGUAAAUGGAGACCACCGAGGCCCCACCCACUCCACUAACGUCACCCAGCGACCACUACAAGUCCCGCCUCUCCCUUUCUACAUCCAGGUGGAUCCCCCUCCACACCCGCUCUACUCCCCAAAUCAGGAUUCUCACCACUACUCCCAUUCAAACCCAAAUUCCACAUACCUUAAAUCUCCCAAAUCCUCAAACUCCAACCUCAACAAUGCCAACGUGCCAUGCGGGCCCAUUGGUGGGCAGUGUCCAUCUCGUGCUGAUGGUCCCAGGAGCCAGGUUUCUUCCCUGGGUUCCUACCUCAACCCCAGGAGCGAUGGAGAAUCACACCAAAAGUCUCAUUUUAAGAGACCACGUUACUAUGAGACCUACAUUAGAGAAGACUCGACCCAUGAUCCACCCAGCGAUGAUGACAGAGCCUCAGGGGAGUACUACAGUGGAGAGGAGUUUCACGAGGAAGACCUCAUGCUUUCAGGAGACAGGACGCACAGAGAGUAUCAGGACACUGUGAGUGAUUUCGAGCCAGAUGCUCCUGACGGGUACCAGGAGCCUGAGUGUUUUUAUGAUGAUGACGAGCAGCCCAUUUUCCAGGAACCCAAGAAGUCACCCAAGAAGAGGCUUCUACCCUCAACUCCCCAAACUCCUCUUCGGCCAUCCUUCAACUUUGAAUGUUUGCGCAGACAAAGCAGCCAGGAUGAGAUCCCCCUUUCUCCCUCGCUUCAUCAUCAUACCGCUCUACCUCUGCAACUAAUGCAACAUCAGGUGAUGGCUGUAGCUGGACUGGACUCCAGUCGACUCUCUCCUACUCGCUCUAUCCGCUCAUGGGUCACACCCCCAGCCACGCCCCCAUCCUACACCCCUCUGAUCCAGGUCGACUGGCAUGGAGCACCGCCCAGCACCUGCAGCACUCCAGCGCUGGCUCGCCGCAGCUCCUGGUACACCCAGCAGGGCCGUGACAAGUCGCACAGAUCAGCCACACCCACCCACUCCCACCUGCAAAUCCCACCCGGCUACUGCAGUCAGUACCUUCAGCAGAGAGGCAGCGCUCAUAGUCUGGUAGAGGCGGUGUUGAUAUCAGAGGGACUUGGAAAAUAUGCAAAGGACCCAAAGUUUGUGGCAGCAACAAAGCAUGAGAUUGCCGAUGCCUGUGAGAUGACCAUUGACGAGAUGGAAAGUGCCGCGAGCAACUUACUGAACGGCAGUCUAGGUGACGUUGCAGGAUCAGACAGCACAGGGACAUCCCAGAGCAACACGGAUCGUAAUCUCCACGACUACAGUGACGAGGAAGUGGAGCCAAGCAGCAAGUAUGAGGAGGACCUCACCGAUGAAAUGAUAUGCAUCUCAAAUUUAUAGCAUUUUCUUUGUUUUUUUUUUUUAAAAAAGUACAAAAAAAAAAAAAAAACCCUACGAAAGAAGAAA